AUGACGGGCGACGUCGAGAGAUACCUCGCGCGGGAUCACUGCGCGGCGCGGUGGCCCGUGUUGAUUUCGGCGAAGGACUUCGCCGCCGCCGCGCGAGAACACGCCGGCGGCGCGUCGGCGCGCGGACGCGCGUCCGCGUCCGGGGGGCCUCGCGUCGUCGUGCUCUCGCCCGACGCGCCCGAGUGUUUGACCGACGUCCGUCGGGAUACCGUCUACGUCGUCGGCGGGCUGUGCGACUACAAGAGGAUCGCGAACGCGACGCUGGACCGCGCGGCGGCGGCGAAGGUCGAAGCCAGACGUUUGCCGCUUCGCGAGGCGUUCGGGAAUAACUUCAGCGUGAACAUCCUGACGGUGAAUCAGGCGCGUUCUACUGACCGUGGACGCGCUGUGCCGCGCGUGGCACAACGGCGGGGAUUGGGCGGACGCGUUAGGGAAGGCGCUGCCGAAGCGGAAGAUGGAAGAGCACGCCGCGAGGGUGCGAGGGGAGGUUUGGCGGAACCGGCACAAGAGAGAGAAGAAGAGAGAAGAAGACGUCGACGAAACCGGCGGCGGCGGCGACGACGACGCCGCCGCGGUUUCGUGAGCGUCAGUCUGUCGGCGACGCCUCUGAACAGCUAUUCUUUACUAGCUACAGUAGCCCUACUGUGA